AUGAUGAGAACGAAUAAUUUUAAAAAUGUGGCAAAAACACUUGCUACACGUUAUUGUCUUAAACAAUGUUUUAAAUCUCAUUAUUUAUGUCAAUUAAAAGAUUUAAUUUAUCCAGUUGGAGUAAAGAAAACUCGAACAACAUGUUUUAAUACGGCAAUGAAAAAGUUAUUGGUGAAUGAUCUUGGAUGGAAUGAACUGGAUGACAAUAUUAUAAUUUGUCAUAGAUUGAUAUAUGAUACUAUCGAAUAUUGUCGAUCGGCUGUUUACGUAAUAGAUUUGUUACAUUUUAAUGAACAACCAAUAUUUGCUCAAGUUGUUUUCAUCAUUAAAAUAGAUCAGAAAUGGUGGUUAUUAAUGGACUUAUUAAAUACAAUUGCAUAUAAUGAAGAUUUAUUUGCAUGGGAAAUUAAAUCAAUUGACCAUUAUUCCAUUAUCGAUCCAUCACAUGAUAUUGACGGUAAAACAUUGGAAAUGAUGAGCACCGUCGAACGAAUAUCUGCAGUUAUUCCAAAAUUUAAACAGCAAUUAAUUUUCUUGGAGGAACGUGAAAAGUUAUUCAAAAAGAUUAGUGAUUGUUCAGUUGAAUUUUCUAAUUCAUCAUUUAGCAUUACAACAAAUUCUCAACCAUCGUCUCCCAUUUCGUCAAAUUCGCAAGCAUUAUUUCUUGAAUCUCGAUCAACACUCGACGUUUUACCAAAACCAUCUAUUAUUCAGUCAUCAUCUGAACCAUCUGUUAUUCAACAAGAAAUACAUGAACCUUUACCAAGCAAUUAUAUAAUUCCAACAUUACCCAAUGCAUUACUGAAUGAUAUUACAAAAGGAGAUUUGAAACACUUUGGCCCGCAUUGCGCCAAUCGUCAAAUUCUUAUUGAUACAAUAGUCUAUGAUCUUAUUGACAAGUUCAAUCUUUUCUAUCCAUCUCAUACACAAUUUGAUAAUAUUGGUACUGCUAUUGUAAAGCUUUUGAAAUUACCUGUGACUAAACAAAAUAUUGCAAUUUGGAAGGAUGCUUUACAAACAAAGUUAAAACGUAAACGAACUGAACAUCGUGAUAAUAGUAUUGUACAAGAAUAUCAACUGAAGUAUUCGAAAUCAGGUUCUGGUCGUCCUGUAAAACGACAGCUUGGUGAGACAGCACAACGUGAUAGAUAUAAACAAAUGAUAGUGGUAUCAUUCGAUGAUAAAUUAUCCAAUGAAAUUCAAACAAAAUCUGAACAACUUCGAGAUACAACUGAUAUUGAUAUCAAUACUCAAUUGGAAUUAUGGAAAGAAACUUUACCUUAUCGUCGAAAAUUGGUCAGAGAUCGAUCAACUAUUGAUAUUCUCAAAGAUUUUCCACGUUAUUCUAAUUCAAUAUUUGUAUUUGAAGAGGUUAAAAUGCUAAUGAAAAUCGAUUUGAGUGCUGCAAUUCGACGACAAGUACCUAUCCUACUCGACAAAAUAGUUAAAACUCCAAUGUUCGUGACAGGUAGAUUAUCAACUUCAAAUUUAUGUUUUGAAGAAUUGUCAACUAUUUCAGAUUCACUUCCAAUUCAAUUAAUCAAAACGUUGUGCCGACAAUUUGAUGAAACUAUUCAACACAUAUUUAGUGAUACUGAACCAUUCACACCAUAUCCUACUUUGGUAUGUGUUAAUGAUUUAAUUCAUGUUUAUGUUGAUUUUCAUCUUAUUGUCUCAACUAAUUCGCCUGAUGAUGCAUUGGCAUUAUUAGUUUCAAUGUACACAAUUUUUGAAUUAAGUUUCAACAAAAAAAGUCGAACAAUUCGUCUUAUAUAUUCGGUCUUACAUGGUGACAAACGUUUUCUACCGAAUUCUAUUCGUAUAUUUAUUAAAGAAAAUAAUAUUGAUAUAUAUUCCGAACAACAGCAGUCAUCGUUAAAUUCUUCAAAUUCUAUGUCAAACAUUUCAACAAAAGUUAUCAAUGAAUCUCAAGAAUCUCAAUCUCAUGUUCAAAUUACUGAACAGUGUAAUCCUUUAGAUAGGCGUGAUCUUUCAAUUGUUACUCAAACAACAGAAGAAAAUGAUUCAAUAGAUAUUGUUGAUUCAAGUUCAAGAACAUUUAAUAAUACAAAUGAAUGUAAUAAUCUUGUCGAAGUUGCAUCAUCAUCAGAUUUGAAUUCACAACAAAAUACAACACAACAACGAAAACGUCCGAAAAGAAAUCGAACUAUUGAUACUGAUAAUAACUCAUGUUCAUUUGAUGCUGAACAAAGUCAACAUAUAAUCGAUUCUCAGAAACAUAAGCCACUCACUGAUCUUACAAAUUCAUCAUCUAAUACGCGUCAAAGCAAACGUCAACGACGGAUUUGA